UUUGUUUUAUUUUUCUGGUCUUGUCACAUAUCUGAAAAUUUAUCUGUGCUUCCGGAUUAAGCCAGCCAACCGAGCCAAGGCUGACUAAUCAACAAUACACCAUCAAUUCACCUGUCUUUAAGGUCAGUCUUCCAACUAUUUCCCCAUCGCAUUACUAUUUACUUAAACCAACAAAAAAUUGCAAACCGCGUAUAAAUACAUUCACCCUGCUUUUACACCUCAGUUCGGAUCGUUCUCUGCUAUUGUGCUCAUUGAAAAUCAACAUCUCAAAAUGUUACGUCAUAUUCUUACCCUCACAACAUUCUACCUGUUGGCUUUCACGACGGCCAGUGGUACAAAUGACGACCAAGAAAACAUGUACAGAUUCAGGUAUCAGCAAGCUGACUUGAUGAAAACAGCUGAAUCCAAAGCACCUGUUAGUGAAUACGAGGUAGCAGAGGGAUACAUUCCAAACGAAGAAUUACAUCCAGAAGCCUCCCUUGCAUACAUGAACACAGGAGGAAUGGGAGGUGCAGGAUUUGGUGGAGGUUAUUACCCUGGUGCAUUUAUGGGGGGCGCUGGUGGCAUUGGAAUGGGUGGUGCAGGAGGUAUUGGAAUGGGUGGUGCUGGAGGAAUUGGAAUGGGUGGCGUAGGUAUGGGUGGAGGAGGAAUUGGAAUGGGAGGGGGUGGUAUUGGUAUCGGUUAUCCUGGUCUAAUGGGAGGCGGAGGAUUCAUGGGUGGAUUUGGUGGAGAAGUCAUAGACAAAAAAGCCUUCGUAGAUGAAGGAAAAAAGGCUGGAGGAGGAACAUUCGAAAAGGCUGGAGGCCAGGUCGGUCAAGAGUUCAAAGCAGGCCAAGGAGGCUACAACAAGGGAAAGGUAUUCGUGAAUAAUGCGCAGUUGGCUGAUGGAUACGAAAAACAAAAAGCAGGAGAAAAGAAAGCCAUUGAAGACGGAAAACAGUACUACGGCGGAAAAGCUUUUAAUCAAGAAGGUAAGAACGCUGGAGAAAAGUCGGGCAAAGCAGGUCACAAAAAGGGUCACAAAAUCAAAGGAUUCAAAACCACUCAUCACAAAGAUGAGUCAGGUAAGACAGAAGAGUUUUAUGACGAAGAACACGAUGAAGGAUCCGACUACUUCCACAAGAACGAAAAGGGCGCCUUCGGUGAGAAUGCUGGAGCUGCUUUCAAAGGGGGUCACGACAAUGGCGUGUUCAAUUCUGGCGAGAAAGGGCAUCAAGCUAAUUACAAAAAAGAAGAACUACUCAAUAAGGACAAAGCUGAACAGGGUCAAUUUGGAUCGUCGAAAUUCGGAGGAGACCAGAAGGCAUACGGACUUAAUACUGGCAUUGAUCAUCACUCUUUACAUGAACUUCAGGAAGGCAAUAAAAUGUAUAAGCACUUCCCCUACCACGUCCCUUUUCACAAAGGGGUAGGUAGAAAAUAGGAGAACGACGAAACUCAUGUUGAGUUUAGGACCAUUGAUUAAUACUAAAUACGAUUCUGUAUGUAAAUUGUACCUAUCUGUGUUUCUUAAUUUAUUCUCU